GUGGCAGUAGUCGCGCACGGCCCGCAGAGCUGCUAACAUCGCUCGCUCGACCCCCUCUAACUUUUUUUUUCGUUGCUGCACUCUCCAGUUUUGCCUCGACGAUUAUUGUUGUUCACGGACAGACACAGUUCGCCAGUUUUUUGUUGUCUGCUACUGUAUGUGUUGACGACUAUUUGGAAGAGGAGGAGGAGGUCCUUCGUUUUUUGUUUUUUUAAACGGUGGUGUGCGCGUGUCCGAUUGGUUAUCAUCCGAUACCAGAAGACGACGACGACAACUACUACUACUACUACUCGUUGUUUCUCAGUGCGCCGAUUUCGUUGUGAGCCCGCAAAAUCACGAUGAUUCUGCCGAUAUGAUCGAUCGACGCGAUCGGCUAUCCUACCUUUUCGGACAGUCUCUCUCUUACACAAGUAACUAUCUGAAGCGAUAGACUGCAGUCGAUAACAACGUCCAAAUAUACAAGCGCAUUUUUGCGACACGUUAUAAAGCUUGGCCGAGAUUGGCAGCCAACGGGGAACGGGUUUUAUAUAGUCAACCGAAAAUACAAAAAACCUGCCGAUUUUUAUAAUUCAUAACACCUCCUCGUUCCACUUGCCAGGCCGCUAAAUUUUUUAACUCAAAAAUAUGUACGAGACAGUCAUGGACACUUGGAUGUACGACAUGGUUUGCAUGAUGUCAGGAAAUCCGACCGAGAAUAUGAUCGGCAACAAUAGGACGACCAUGCCGAACAUCAAACAAGAACUGGAAAGUCCCGCCACGCCGACUCCGAAUUAUCAGAUGUGCUCGCCUACCACGACGCUGCAAGCACAGGAGGCGCUGUGCACGAAGAUAGAUUUGCCAGAUUAUAGUGCAGGCAGCCCAGGGAGUCCUGAAAUGCACCACUGCUCCUCGACGACGCAGCCGCUGGGCACACCGGAGGAUAGCGCCAAAGAAGAAGAUAUAAUGCCUAGAAGGCUGUGCCUUGUCUGCGGAGAUGUUGCUAGUGGUUUCCAUUACGGAGUAGCCUCUUGCGAGGCAUGCAAAGCAUUUUUCAAGAGAACAAUACAAGCGAGUAACUUCACAGGUAACAUCGAGUACACGUGCCCGGCCAGCGGCGAAUGCGAAAUAAACAAGCGACGGCGCAAGGCUUGCCAAGCGUGUCGUUUUCAAAAGUGUCUACGUCAAGGUAUGCUCAAAGAAGGCGUCAGGCUCGAUCGAGUACGGGGCGGACGUCAAAAGUAUCGGCGCAGCACCGAUCCUUAUGUGCCUGGCAAAAGUAUCACGCUCGAAGCUAACUUAGGAUCAUCUGGCUACGCAGAAUCAAUGAAUAAUAAAAUGGUCGAGGCAUUGAUUGCUUGCGAACCUGACAUGCUUCAAGUAUCGAAUCUAUCACACACCAUGGAUCCCGAUCAGCGGUUUCUCGGUCAACUAUCGGAUCUCUACGACAGGGAGCUCGUUGGUAUUAUUGGCUGGGCCAAACAAAUACCUGGAUUCAGUAAUUUACCUCUGAACGAUCAGAUGCGACUCUUGCAAAGCACUUGGGCCGAGAUACUCACUUUCAGUUUGGCUUGGCGAAGCAUGCCCAACACUGGAAAAUUAAGGUUCGCUCAAGAUUUCACCCUGGACGAGAGAUUGGCUCGCGAGUGUCAUUGCUUGGAGUUGUACUCUCACUGUAUGCAGAUGGUCGACAGGGUGCAACGGCUCAGCCUGUCUCGCGAGGAGUUUUACGUGCUCAAGGCCCUGAUACUGGCCAACAGCGACGCAAAACUCGACGAGCCACAGGCUCUGCAACGCUUCCGUGACUCCAUCCUCAUGUCGCUGUCGGACUGCGUGGGCGCGGUGCGGCCCGGCCAGGCGCUGCGCGCCAGCCAGCACAUGUUCCUAGUGUUGCCGGGCCUGCGCCAGACCGACGGCAUCGUGCGCAAAUUCUGGUCCAGUGUCUAUCGCACCGGCAAGGUGCCGAUGAACAAACUCUUCGUAGAGAUGCUCGAGGCGGCCAGUUACCGAUGAGCAGCAGCAAGCAAGCACGUGACCACGACGACUAAUUUCGACGACGCGCCCGCGAACGAGCCUUCUUCUCACUCGAUCUUCUCAUUUUACAGCCUAUAUCGUUGAGCCGAUGCAAGCCUUCAUUAUACGUUGUACAAAUGUGAUCUAAACUAAUUAAUCCAACUACACUGUUAUGUAUACUAUUGCAACAAACAAACACACACACACACACACACAUAUAUUAUAUGUCAGUAAUGCCUUGUACGAGUUAACGCGGAUCCGUUUUGACUCGCGCUUAUCUAGCUGUAAACUGAGAUACACAAUGGAAGAGAGCAAAAGAUAAUGAUAAUUGAAAUGUAUCAGUGGUUAAGGAGCAAACUAUUCUGUUGUAAUUUUAACGUGUGAAAAAAAACAAAUAAUAAUAAUGAUUACGAAAAGUGAUGAGCCCUUUACUCUGACCAAAAGAGAGAUAAAUUGGUUAACGUUUCAACCGUUGAUAUGCGGAUUAGUACGUGUAGAUAUUCAUUGUAUAAAAGUGUGUAAGAGAAUGAAAGGAAGAUUGUAAAAAAUUGAGAGAAUGGGAAAAAUUUAUAUAUUGCGCGUUUUGUACGCAGAAAGGUCCAGAUUUCUAGUGCAAUUAUUCAAAUGAGAUAUAAAGUAAAGUACAGCUGAACCAUUUUUCUGUUCUCUGUAAAAAUAUGUAUAAAAUAUAUAAAAUAUUUUUAUGCUCA